UCGGUCUCUGCUGCUGUCGGUCUCUGCUGCUGCCGUUGUCUGCUUGUCUUGUUCUCUCGUCGCUACAGUUGUGAGUAUGAGGAAGCUGUGGUGUGCAGCAGUGUUGGUGGUGACGCUGGUGAGUGUGGUGAGGCCUCAGUGUAUCUCCAACAAUGACAAGCUGGUGGUGACCUCCUCACCUGACCUGGCCCACAUCACCCCCUUCAGCUUGGACCUCUUCAAGCAGCUCUAUCCACCCACCGCCACAGGAAACUUUUUCUUCUCGCCCUACAGCGUGUGGACCGCCCUGGUCCUGGCCUACUUUGGGUCUGCUGGCAGGACUCGUCAGCAGCUGCAGGACACUCUUCGUCUCAGAGACCCUUCAACCACUCUGGCUACCUACAGGGCCCUCGACCGUCUAAACGCAGAGAGACAGAGCAACACGAGUGACUAUGUGAUAGACUUGGCCAACAAAGUGUAUGUGAAGAGCGGCUUCCCUCUUCGGGACUGCAUCAGAGAUGUCCUUAAGAAAGAGGUGGAGAAUAUCGACUUCUCACAGGUCAUUCUAUUUCUGUCUAUAUUUAUUUGUGAAAUAUUAUAAUUCACAUGAAGCCUC